AUGAGCUUCUACAGCAGCUACUACAGUGGCCUGAGCUAUAGCCAUGGAGGCCUGGGAUGUGGCUAUGGUGGUUAUGGAUAUGCCCUUUACUGCCCAUACUGCUAUGGAAGAUUCUGGCCUUCUGGAUUCUUCUAA